AUGGCAGCAGAGUUUAUUGCUCUUGCUUCAGCUAGUAAGGAAGUUGAAUGGUUGAGAAAUCUUAUGUUUGAGUUGCCUUUAUUGCCAAAGCCUAUGUCACCGGUGGCUAUUCAUUGUGAUUCGAAUUCGGCAUUAAUAAAAGCAUAUAGCCAAGUGUAUAGUGGCAAUCAUUUCAAAAAAGCCAUGUCUUCAUCCACCCAGGGCUCGGGAUCCUGUAGCCUGGAUCCCGAGCCCGGGCUCGAAUCAUUUGGUAGGUAUUUCGAGCGUUGGCUCAGUGACCAGGCACGCGACCUUGACGAGCUCAAGGCCGCGUCCAGGGCUCACACCGAAGCAACUCAGCCACGUGCUGAGUUGACUCGGUCUCUACGCGAGCUCGUGGGCCGGGUCAUGUGCCACUACGAGAACUACUACCGCGUCAAGUACGAGUCAGUAAAGCAUGACGUCCUCGGGAUGAUGACCCCCUCAUGGCGGUCCCACCUCGAGGAGUCCUUCCUAUGGAUUGGUGGUUGGAGACCAAGCUCCGCGUUCCACUUGUUAUAUUCGGUAGCCGGGUUGCACUUCGAGACGUGGUUAGGUGACCUACUGAGGGGGUUGCACACGACCAACCUAGGUGACCUUACACCGAGUCAACUCAACCGAGUCAACGAGUUGCAAGCUCAAACUAUAAGAGAAGAAAGAGAGUUAUCAGAAACUCUUGCCGCUCAUCAAGACACCGUAGCCGAUACUUCCAUGGUUGAGCUAUCACACAUAGCAACCGAGUUGAUGCGCGAUCACGACUCGGGGAGUAUAGGGCGAGUUGGGAAUGAGUUAAUGAAAGAACGAGUUGAGUCAACGCUUGACUCUAAGGAGGACAAGUUUAAGGAGAUUUUAGGGAGGGCUGAUGAUCUACGGUUGAGAACUCUUAGAAAUAUGGUGGACAUCUUAAGUCCAAUCCAAGCCGUUCAUUUUUUGAUUGCUGCUGCUGAACUUCAUUUAAGGGUUCGUGAUUGGGGUAUGAAGAAAGAUGCUAUUGCUCAUCCACAACAACGUUAG